AUGUUACCAACACUCACCUCCCGAGCCGGUCGAGCCCUUGCUUUUUCGGCCUUGGUCACACUGUUUCUGGUCUGGUAUACAGCCAGCGACAAUUACUACAGCGGUACCGCUACCUCUUCGACCUUCCACGCGGGCAAUGGGUACAACAAAAGCCACCCGAUCGAUGCGCUGAUGAACACCGCGGAAACGGACCUCGACGAAAUCCUGAGCACCGAAUCCCACGACAUUGCAACUGCUGCAGAGAGAUAUCGAGCUCGUCGCGGACGACACCCGCCACCCGGAUUCGCAGAAUGGUUUGAGUUCGCCAAAGACAAGAAUGCAUUGGUAAUCGAAGAGUUCUUCGAUCAGAUUUAUCAUGAUCUCACUCCAUACUGGGCUUUGCAACCGAAGGAACUGCGGCGACAGGCGAGAAGCAUUCCUACCCGGGUCGUCAUUCGCAACAACACCGCAAUUUUGAAAACCGACGAACCGAGAAAUUGGAUGGACUCGUGGCACGAUCUCGUCUCGAAGCUGGAAGAUUAUCUCCCUGAUCUCGACAUGCCGAUCAAUGUCAUGGACGAAACUAGAUUAGUCGUUCCUUGGGAAACCGUCAACGAAUACAUCCAGAAAGAGCUAAGGGAUCGCAUCAUGCCGAGUCAGAGCAAUGUUAUCUCGGAGUACAUGUCGUUGAACGAAUGGGACCAAGAGGAUGUGGAGGCAUACGAUCCUGGGUUCACAAUCCCCCCGGAAGGAGGAUAUUGGCAGAUGGCUAAGGUGGGAUGUCCACCGGGCAGCCCUGCGCGCAACAACACUCUUCCAAUGAUCGACUUUGGUACUCCUCCAUGGGAAUUUGACAACUUCGAGCGGAUCUCUUACCACGGAUAUGUGGGCAACUUCACGCUAGCAAAGGAUCCCUGCGUCCGCCCAGAGAUGCAGGUAUUGCACGGAACCUUCCUCGAGCCUGUCUCCGUCUCAACCUCUCAUAAGUUACUCCCGCUGUUUGGCGGUUCCAAACUUCCCAUGAACAACGAGAUCCUUCUUCCCCCGGCAAUGUACUGGGCACAAAAUGAGCACUACUCCGGCGGCGAGAACGAACACGGUGGUGCCUGGGACGCCAAGAUCAACAAGGCUGUAUGGCGUGGCGCUGCUACGGGCGGGCGUGCCCGUGAGCCGAACUGGACUGGUUUCCAAAGACAUCGAUUCAUGUCCAUGAUGAACGCGACAUCUGUCCAACAAGCAGAACAGAACAACAGCCACGGCAUCAACUUCCGACUGCCAAACUAUGCCGAUUACAAACUGAAUGGCGAUGGCUUUGUCACAGAGCUCCUUGAACAACACACUGACACCGGUUUCAACCAUCUGGUUUGUACGCCUUAUAACGAGGCUGACCCGACUUGCCCAUACCUCGAUCCAUACUUUGAAAUCGCAGCCGGCAUGCCGAUGAAGAAGAUGUACAACUACAAGUAUCUGCCCGAUCUUGAUGGCAACUCGUUCAGUGGCCGGUAUCGUGGAUUCAUGCUGUCAACAUCGCUCCCCAUCAAGGCUACCAUCUAUAAUGAGUGGCACGACUCGCGGCUUAUUCCCUGGGUACAUUUCGUUCCCAUGGACACAACCUAUAUCGAUUUCUAUGGUAUCAUGGCAUACUUCCUGGGUGGGCGCGAUGAAGUUGCUCGCAAGAUAGCUCUUGCCGGCAAGGCCUGGGGCGAGAAGGUUCUCCGAAGAGAAGAUAUGGAGAUCUAUACAUACCGCCUUCUUUUGGAAUAUGCUCGCAUUUGCGAUGAUCGAAGAGAAUUCUUGGGAUACACGGGUGACAUUGUCGGCCCAUGA